AUGCUGUUUGGCUUCAUUAUCGACAAGCGCAGCAAUAAGCAGCAACACAUCUGGGUGCUUCUUUACCCACCAACCAAGGAAGGACGGCAUGCUGAAGUUCAGUUUCACUCCUUCCAUCCCGAUACGGGGGCUUUCGUCAAGUAUGACGAUAGCAACAUCAGCACUACGGUCUCCGCACUCGCCGACGCGUUCCGCAACCCCAAGAAAGCAGCGAAAGGAAAGCACGUAGCGCUGGCGAAGUACUAUUAUCUGGAGGCCCUUGUCGCGAGGGAGGCCAAGACGGGAAGCGCCGAGCUGGUGAUAGCCAUACCGGUUAAUCGGACUUUUAUCGACAGUAUGAGGGUUGUUUGUAACGAAUUCAAGGAGGAAGCGAACGAGAGGUCGGCGCACAUGCGCUCACCAUCAGCGACACUUGUGGAGGACGAUGACGGUGUCCUCAGCGAUUUCCCAGAAGACCUAUCCGAGCCCACUCAGCAGUCUGUAGAGCCGAGCUCGACAAUCACGCCCGAGACCUCUCCCGCUCCCGUAAACGAACUUCAGCUCCAGAGUUCCAUGAACGCUCUGGAAAGCGAGCAAACAGCGUUGGAUAUCGCGCGCGGAGAGAUAGAAGGAGAACAGCAGCGGUUGGAACAGCGGCGCCGCGUCAAUGAAGAAAAGCAGGCCGACAUAAAUGCUCGCCGCGAACAAGCAUUCAAUGGAAUGAGCUUAUUGGAUGCAUUCAAGUUAGGUGUGGAGAUGGAGCGCGAAGGGAAGCGCCGAAAGCUCGACAUCAGGAGUCUCGCCAUCAUGUUCGCCAGGUCACCUCAACCUGACGACAGCCCUUCCUACGCGAAACUCAAGCGUGACCUCGGCGACGACGCGCCUCUCCUCAACUUUCUGCCCUACAAGCGCGCCACUUUUGAGCCACAGAAUGAGAUCGCCGAAGCAGCGCCCGAGCGACUCCUCUACGGCGAUAUGAUGGAGAGCAAGGGUUCGCUCUGGAUCUACUGGACCCUCAACUACCACAACAAGAAGAAGAGCCACCACGACUACCGGAUGAUAACCUUCCAGACUAUCGAAGGCGCCAAGAACCAUGAGGCGGGCGUGCGCCCGGGCUCAGUCCAGAACGUCGCACUGGCGUCAUGGCCGUUCAAGCAUGCAAAAGACCACGAUGCGCUCGCAGCUAUCGCGAAGUACUUGUUUAUCCGUAAAGGUAUCGAUAUGCAACUGCAAUUUCCGGUGUCCUCUGGCCCGUUCAGAGAGGCCCUUAUGCGCGUCUGUCAGCAUUACAAAGCCAUAUACAACGAGACGCAAGCCAACAAGGCAGCAAGCCGGCGUGCAUCAGUGAUGCCUACUGGAGGUCACCACGAGAUGGCUAAUCAGCAAUUUCAAGACCCACGAGAACCUUCUUCCGCGGCUUCGUUGGCCCCAUCCCAAGCUCAUUCUCCAGCGCCCUCUCAAAGCCUUUUCCAACCUCUGUUCCGUGACCCAUCAAGACCGGUCAACAACAACAAACCAAAUCUGGAACAACCAGCCGGUGUUGUGCGCCCGGGCGACGUCGAUCGUGAAACGAUGAUGGAUCAAUACAUUGCGCUCAAAGCCCGGGAAGAAGAGCUUGACGGUAGGAUCAGUGAUAUGGAGACGGAGCGUGUACGUAUUGCGGACCAAGUAACAGGGCUGCAAGCGGACAUCAACGCGAUCGGUAACCGAAAGGGCGACCUAGAAGAAGAGAAAGGUCGUGUGCGGGCGGAGAAGAAGCAGCUGCAGAUUCAGCUAGAUAAAGACGAACAUCUGGACUUUGGAUUUGAAGCUGGACGAAGGAUGGAGACUAAGCGUCAAAGGCGGGAGUAG